AUGGCUGGGCAGCGGGGUGGAGGUAGUAGGGGAGCGAGGAGCCGUGCUCCACAGGGCCGGCCCAGUCCCCUUCUUCUUUAUCUUCAGUUCGAAGCCUUCUGUGCAGUGGGCCUGGCCUCUGGCUGGAGCCUGAUGGUCCAGGGACAGGUUGACUCCAACAAGGACAAGUUUGACAGCAACUUCUUGUCUGAGGCGGGGGACAUCACCUUCCACAUCAAGCCCUGAUUCUCCAGUGCCACCGUGGUGGCCAACACCUUUCAGGACAGCCGAUGGAGCGAGGAGGUGUCCAGCAUCUUCCCCCUGGCCCUGGGGGAGCCCUUCGAGAUGACAGGGCCCAGGUGGAUGGAGGUCAGCUCAGACAGUGAGCACUUCCAUGCCCAGGAGCACAAGGUCCUGCAGUCCCCCCCACACCCUCCACCGCUGCCAGAGGCCACUGGGCACCACCCCAGGGUGCAGGUGCUGAGUGACCACUGCCUGGCCCAGGUGGAGGUGGCCAAGUGCAGCCUGAGCCAGGGAGCAGGGGAGACAUCUGGGGCCCACAGCCUGGCGCCUGACCCCAGUCCCUGGCCAGGCCUGCUGGCCAGGAGCCUCUUCCUGCUGGAGGCCUCGCCUUUGUGUCAGCCCGCUGGCCCACUUCUGGGGGGUCCAAGCCCGCAGAUGUCCCUGCUCCCGGGCCAGGCGCUGGCCUCAUGGUUGGCCUCAGUUCUACUACAGGGAACCUUCCCUUACAUCAAUGCCAUGGUUUAUUCCCCAUCACUUCAGCACUUGUUCCCGAUGUCCCUAAUCCCAGAUUCUGGCUUCUGGAUUUACCAGCUCUAG